AUGUCAGAGUUGAAAUUUUGCUCAAAGUGUAAACAAUGCAUCAAAGAAAGUCAUUACUUAUUAGCUGAUUGUCAAUACUGGCAUGAAGAUUGUCUACGUUGUGUAUGCUGUGAUGCUAGAUUAGCUGAAUUAGAUAAAAUUUUCUACAUUAAAGCUAGGAUGUCAUUAUGUCGAAGAGAUUAUCUAAGAUUGUAUGGUAAAACGGGUGAAUGUUCCAUCUGUCAGAAACAAGUACAAUCAUAUGAAUUUGUUAUGAAGAUAAAAAAUAGUGUUUAUCAUUUAUCUUGUUUUUGUUGUCAAUAUUGUCAAAUGAGGUUCUGCAUUGGAGAUCGUUUUUAUCUACAUGAAAACAUUAUUUUAUGUGAACAUGAUUACAUGGAAUUAUUUCCGCACAUUUCUACACGUGAUAUUGAUCUGCCUCAUCCAGAAAAAAGAAAUAUUAUUUGUUAUAAAGCUACUGCUAACUCGUGUUUUUGUUCAAAUGAAAUACUUUCAAGACAAAAUUGCACUGAUGUUGGAGAUGAUGAAGAUUAUGAUGAUGAAAAUAACCAAAAAUAUCAAAUGAAUCUCAACUAUUCACAAUGUAUUGCUUCAUAUAUUCAACUAUUUACAAAGUGUAAAACACGCAUUACUGCUGAACAAAGUUCUUGUGACAAUAAAUUAAUUAGGAAUACAGAUAAUAGAUUAUGUUCUUUAUUAAAUCCAUUUGAUUUAAACUUUCAUGAUUCCACAACAAUAUCAGAUGACCGUUCAAGUGGUUAUGGUUCACCCAAUUUCGCCGCUAAAUUUUCUUGGUAUUUCCAUCGACGUAUGAGUGCGGGUGAUCGUCGCCAACUGACUGGGUUUUUCAACCCUGAGUUUUAUGGACUUCGGAGUUGUAAAGUGCCUCAAGCCGAACUGAAGAAAUUGCUUGAGGCACUAAAUCAACCACAACCGUGUUCACUUUCAAGUAAUAAACCGUUACUGGCAUUAGAACUCGAUUGUUGUGUUAUUCCUAUUCGAAAUAACUUGAAACUUAUCCAAACAACCGACUUCUUUUAUCCUCUGAUUGAUGAUCCUUACACUAUGGGUCGAAUUACGUGCUGUAAUGUACUAAGUGAUUUGUAUGCAAUGGGCGUAGUUGACUGUGAUAAUUUGCUUCUAUUGUUGGGUGUUCCACGUGAAAUGACCCAAGAAGAACGCGAAAUAUCAAAUCGCUUAUUGAUGGAGGGUUUUAAGGACUGUGCAUUGGAAGCUGGAACAUAUGUUCGUGGAGGACAAACUGUAUUGAGUCCAUGGUUAAUGAUUGGUGGUGUAGCAACUUCAGUUUGCAGUGAUUCAGAGUAUAUUAUGCCGGAUCAAGCUGCAGUGGGUGACGUCUUAGUACUCACAAAACCUUUGGGCACCCAAGUAGCUGUUUCAGUUUACUACUGGAUGCUGGAGGAUAGUCCAUCUUGGUCUGGAAAUCUAGCCAGUAUCAUCACGUCAGAUAAAGUAAAGAGUCUGUUUCAUUCUGCUACUCUCUCCAUGACUCAUUUAAACCGAACAGCUGCUCGACUAAUGCAUAAACAUCACGCCCACGGGUGUACUGACGUAACAGGUUUCGGUCUUUUGGGUCAUGCAAAUAAUUUAGUCCAAGUUCAGGCAAACAAUCACUUAGCCUUCAGCAUUCAUACUUUGCCGUGUCUUGAAGGAAGCUCGUUGAUUUCCAGGGCAUUAAACGAUCGGUUAAAACUACUUCAAGGUUUUUCUCCAGAAACAUCAGGUGGUCUGUUGAUUGUUCUUCCCCGAGAAUCUGCCCAAUCUUUUUGUGAAGAGCUAACUGCUGAAAUUGGAUGUCCAUCAUGGAUAAUUGGAGAUGUAAUAGAAGCCGAUUCAAAAAGCGCUUUCCUUGUUCCACAACCAGAAGUCAUAGAUGUUCAACAUUCACAAAUCAUCCCACCAAAAUGUUCGACUAAUAGCCAGUAAUUUUCCUUCCACAUUUUCAAAAACUGAAUCAAUCACUCUUCGACCAUAUGAUGCUGAUGAUCGAAAAUGCUGCAU